GUGACAUAUAUUUUAUUUUUUUACUGCGAAAUGGUAUGCAAGAUGGCGCGUGGUGAAUUUUAGCACAUGUCAAAUUUCGUUUUGUAUUGUUUUUCUUCUGAUUUAAAAAAAUGAGAAGAAAAUGUAACAACGUUGUGGACACAUCGUCCGAUUGCAAUCAGAUGACUACAGAAGAUGUUCAGGCAGAUAUAAAACACAGUGAUGACGUUGAAAACAAGAUUCAAAAACAGAUUAUUUUAAACUCCUCCACCACAGUAGCAAGUAUCGAAAUGUAUGUUCGUGAUGUAUUUCCUAAUGACCACGAAAGUGUCGAGCUUAUUCUCCACUAUGAAGGUGGAAAAACUAUUUGCUUAAAUGACUAUAAAAACAGCAGCAUGGGAGAUCUCGGUAUCCAGCUGAACCCCGAACUGAACUACACUAUCACGGUUACGCCGUCAGAAAAACGAAAUAUGUCGCUGUACGUGAACGAUGUUGCCGAAGACGAUUUGUUGCUGGGUGCUUCGGCAAGUCCUACUACGGGUGAAGUUCCGUCAUCUAGUGGAAACGACACUGCCCCAAUUCACGAAGAUUUCCUCGAACAUGGACAUUGUUCGAGGUGCCGCGUCGGACCUACUACUAGUGAUGUAGAACCGUCCAACAAUGUGGAAUCUAUGAGUGUCGUUGAAAGUACGAAUUAUGUUGGACUAGUAAAUCAAGCUAUGACGUGUUAUUUGAAUAGUUUGGUGCAAGCACUUUUUAUGACACCGGAAUUCAGAAACGCCAUCUACAACUGGGAGUUCGAUGGGCAAAAUGAGGCCCGGUCUAUACCCUAUCAGUUGCAGAAAUUAUUCUUGAAUCUACAGACGUCGACACGAUCCGCCGUAGAAACCACAGACUUAACAACCAGUUUUGGUUGGCAAGGUAGUGAGGCAUGGCAUCAGCACGACAUCCAAGAAUUGUGUAGGGUCAUGUUCGACGCUUUGGAACGAAAAUUCAAAGAUACCAAACAAGCUAAUCUAAUCAACGACUUAUACGAAGGAAAAAUGUUAGAUUACGUGAAAUGUUUAGAGUGCGGCACGGAAAAAUCUAGAGAAGACACAUUUCUUGAUAUUCCGCUGCCUGUUAGGCCAUUCGGCAGCAAUGUGGCCUAUAAUAGCGUAGAAGAAGCUUUAAGAGCGUUUGUUCAACCGGAAACGUUGGAAGGAAAUAAUCAAUACCAUUGUGAGAAAUGUAAUAAGAAAUGCGACGCUCAUAAAGGAUUGAAAUUUAUCAAGUUCCCUUAUUUGCUAACUUUGCAUUUGAAGAGGUUCGACUUUGACUAUAAUACUAUGCAUAGGAUCAAGUUGAAUGAUAAAGUUGUCUUUCCUGAAAAACUUAAUUUAAAUUCGUUCGUGCCUAAUAAUAGAAAUGAAAAUGAAAGCAUAGACGAAAGAGACACCAUUGUUAAAUGUGAUGAAUGUAGCACAACAGACUCAGGGUCGGCCUUGGAUGACGAAAGUUGUCAGGGUACAGAUUUGUCUUCCACUGUUAAUGACCACGAUGAAAACUGUGAAGACAGCGAUGAAGGAAUUGAUGUAAGUUCGGGUAACGUACACCAUGAAACUGAAGCCAAAGGUCCCUACAUCUACGAAUUGUUUAGUAUAAUGAUCCACUCUGGAAGUGCAUCUGGGGGACACUACUACGCCUACAUAAAAGAUUUCGACAAGAACCAAUGGCUGUGCUUUAAUGAUCAAAGCGUUAACCGAAUCACCGAAGAUGACAUUAAAAAAACCUACGGUGGCGGUCCUCAAAAGGGUUACUAUUCAGGUGUUUACACUUCCAGUACCAACGCCUACAUGUUAAUGUACCGCCAAAUAGAUAAAGAACGUAAUUGCGCAGCGAUGAAAGUGGAGGAGUUUCCACCGCACAUGCAAAAGUUGCUCCAUCAUAUGCGAAAUAAAGAGAAGACGGACAGGAUAAAUAAAGAGAAACAAAAUAAUUCGUUUAGGUUAACCGUUAAUUGUUACAAUCCUUACACCGACGAACUAAUGGAUGUAAGGAUAAGCCUAUUUCGUGAUUCUACUCUAGAGGAUGCAGCGAUUACUGCGCAUCGUCGAUUUAAGUUAGACGGAAUUGUGGAAGUGGAAGAUUGUCGGAUGGUUAUUUAUAAUAAGAAACAAUCGUGUAUUGACUGUAGUUUUGAAUCUGAUGACCUUAUAUUCUGUGAUAUUGUCGAUAGGUUUAAAGUGUUUUAUUCUGAUUGGUUGUUGGAGAUCAAAGAACCAGGAACUGAAUUUAGAACAUACAAAAAAGGCGGAAUCAACAUGAGAACAUACUAUGUUAAUGUCGAAACUGAAGAUGUUAGAGAACCAGUUUUAGUGCGUGUUGAUGUUGAUGAUACUGUUAGAAUCUUGAAAAACAAAAUUGCUGAUAUGUUAAUUAUGAACACUAAUAAUAUUCAGGUUGCGAUUACGAAGUUUUGUAAUGAUCCUCAAUAUUUGGAUGAUGACAACAUGAUCGUACCGUUUGACAAUGUCUCGUCAGAUUUUAAAUUAUACGUUUCUAGUGUUUUGGACGAAGAUCCAGAUAAGAAGUUUGAUCAUUCGAAAUUUAAGAAAAUUAUAGAGCGAUUUGAGUAUAUUGUUUACUUAGGUGUGCUCCUGCCAGAUACUGAUCCAGCCACAUUGGAUGGUAUGUUCAUACCGAGUCUAGAUUCAGUUCAAAAUAACGAAAAUAAAUUAGAAGCCUCAGUAACAGAUCGUACCAAUUCACCUAGUCUUCGAAUUUCGCCACAACCUGGAGCCAUGAGCUGCGGGGAUACGUUUGGUGAUCAAAGUAAUAGUGAAGAUAGUAGUUUGAGCGAUAGCGAUAGAACGCUCGUAGGAGAUGCUCCAGGAGAUUGCCAGGGUAUAUUUUCAAGUAAUUCGACCUCCCCAGCCGACCAACACAUGAUAUCUCCGAUGGACCCCGCAGAAGACAUGUACAACUAUGAUGUCCUCGGCAAUCCAUCUGAAGAAAUGAGUUGGGACAAUAACGCCACGGGAAUAAUGAAGAACGUAACAUACUUCAAAGUGAUGAGUAUUAAAGAUUGCAAAAGAAGUCCAUCCGAUACGAAUUAUGCUAAGCUGUGUAAAAUUUUCAUCGAUAAUCGUAUGACGCUAGACAUGUUUAAGAAGUAUUUAGAGCCAGUAGUUAGGGUACCAAAAGAAUAUUUCAAGAUUUAUCGACAAUAUCCCAGUCCGGAUGAGGAAUGGUCAACACUGUCUGACACGUUGCGUCUGGCGCGCGACGGUCAAACCUUAACGGUUAAACUCGGUCGAGCUUUGUCCAUUAACGAGUUCAACUGUAAAGUAUACCUUUUGAAGCCAGGAAGUACAGAUACUAAUCACUUUUUAUUUGAACAUAUCUUAACACGAGGACAAUCCGUGGGCCAAGUAAAAAAAGAGAUCUUGUUUAAAGCGAAAAAACUGCAUAUGCUCGACAUACCGUUUAAUAAAUGUCGACUUCGAGAAAAAUGUCUGAAGAAACCAAGAAAAGUAUAUAUCGACGAUCAGUUGUUCUUAGAUGAUAUUUCAGUGCUAAGUAGUUACGAAGUAUAUUUACAAGAAUUAGAUCACGUAGAGAGUGUCACUUCACCAAAUCAGCUGGUAUUGUUCGCUAGACACUGGUGUCCAUCUACUAUGACAUUGCAGCCGUUUCAAGAAGUGGUCUUGGAUACCACUACAAUGUCAGAAUUGAAGAGUAAAGUGUCGGAAAUGUCAAACAUACCUCUGGAAAACGUCCAAGUAGCAUUUGUAAGAAGUAUAUUUCCUUGUGACAUGCAUUUGUUAGAUAUACAUUCAGAGUUAGACUGGGAUCCUAAUGUCACGCAUCUGGAUCAGUGGCCAUUGCAAGUGGAUGACGGGACUGCGUUUUUCUACAGGGACAGUCGAGAAAAACUGAAAGAGUUGACCUAUGAAGAGAAAAAAGAAAUCAGUAUAAAGGAGAAUACACGAUUGGGCCGAGUUCCUUCAAAAAGUUGUGCCACAUGGGAAAAGUCUUUGAGAAUUUACUUAGAUAAUUGGCCUUCUGAAACAGAAGAUAAUUGUAUAGACUGACAUGCCAGUAAACAAUACAAUAAUUCGUUACCUUAUUGCAUCAUAAGCUAAAUCAACUGUUAUGAGACAUUGGUUAAGAUGUAUGGACUGUUCCAAAUACAUAAUAUAUUUUUCGUUCUUUUUUUAGUCGGAAGAUCGCAUUAUUUUGUAUUAUCUUAACUUUAUUGUAUUUGACUUUCUAAUAAUUGUUUGAUGCCAUGCGCUCGUAGAGCUCAGUUUUCAGCAGUUAUUGUUGUUAUGUUGUUUCGUUUAUUUGACAGGUUGUGCAAAACUACGUCGGGUGUAUAUUCGCAAUACUUUUUUACUUAGUAAAAAUGAGUGAGAAUAUUUGGAGUAAUUUUGCACGGUCUGUUUGUUCAUAUUUUGUAAUUAAACUCGACUCAUAUUCAUUAAAUUAUUGCAUUAUUGUAAAAGUACAUGUUUGGUCUUGAGUUUUUUCUAUGUUAAAAUUCUUUCGUUAUUUAAUUACUGGCAUGGUUGAAACCCCAUUUUUACAGUUUCCCAAAAAUGAAUUCCUUAGGCCUAUUUGCGCCAACUUAAAUGUAUAUUUAUUUUGUGGAAUUCAUUUUACUAAUGCUUGUCAUUUUACAGCUACUUUGUAAAAAUAUUUAUUUGUGACUGAUCAAUAAAAAUCUUUACCUAC